CUAUCAGGUAUUCGACAUGAUAAGAAAACAAAAUAAGUGCAUUAUAAAGUAAUUUGUGCAUUGCUUUAUUAAUCAAAAAGUAAAGUAGUCAUGAGCAGUGUAAAACAAAAAAUGUUGCCUCCAGAUGGGGGAUGGGGCUGGUGGGUCGUUAUCGGUGGUGCUAUUGUUAACAUGGCCAAUUUGUCCCUUUCCAGUCAGUACGGUCUAAUUUAUGGGCAAAAUAUGGAAGAAAUGGGCUACCGAACCGUUGGAGUCGGUUUUGUAAUGAAUGUGAACACCAUGCUUUUAAAUAUAUCAGGACUUAUAAUAGGACCUUUUUUAAAAAUUUAUCCUAAGAGAGGCAUUGCUGUUUUGGGGGUUUUAUUUUCUUCAGCGGGGAUGAUAGUCAGCAGUAUGGCCAGUAAUAUAUUUUUGCUUCUAUUCAGUUAUGGUUUUCUGGUAGGGGUUGGUCGCGGCAUUUUGGUUCCUACAAUAUUUGUUACUAUAACUGACUAUUUUGACAAAAAGAAAUCUUAUGCAAUUGGAUGGUCCUUGGUAGGGACGAGCAUUGGUCAGCUUUUAAUGCCUCUUCUGGUCGAGCAUUUGUUAAGGGAAUUUGGGUACAAAGGAACUGUUUUAAUUUUAGGAGCCGUUUGUUUAAACGCUUUACCUGGAACUUUGUUUUUUCACCCGGUUGCAUGGCAUUUGAAAGAAGACUGCGACAAAAGUGAAGGAAGUCUACUACUUUUGGGCAGGAAUUCAACUGUAAAAUACUCCAAAUAUGAUUGUAGUUCAGAAGAAGAAUCCCAAAGAUCUGAUCAGACAAAUUUGGGAGCUCAAGAAAUUUCGAAAUGGAGAAAGUUUGUUAAUCAUUUCGACUUAACCCUUCUUAAGGAUCUAAAAUUUGUUCAUAUUAUAUUCGGUACAUCGGUGACCAAUACUUGCAACUUGACUUUUGGUAUGCUUCUACCUUUUACUCUAAUGAACGAUAAGGGUCUCCUAAUAAGCGAUGUAGCGCUGUGUAUGUCCCUUCAAUCUGCAGCUGAUAUUGUUGGAAGGAUAACGAUUCCUUUACUCGCAAAAGGUGUACAAAUAAGAGUUUCAUUUUUAUUGGGAAUGAUUUUAAUUGCUUUCACAAGAUCAGCUUUUAUAGAACAAAGUAAUUAUAAAAUUAUUAUUGGGGUGAUAAUGUUGAGUGGAUACUUGAGGGCUGCAACGGUUUUGAAUCAGAAUCUCAUUUUGGUGGAGCAUUUGGGUGACCAAAGUCGACUACCUUCAGCUAUUGGAUUAUCGAUGCUUUUUAAAGGAAUAUCCGUUUUAUUGCUAGGAGAAGUAUUUGGAUUUGCACGGGAUUAUUUUCAAAGUUACAGGUUGUGUAUUCAUAUACAAAGUUUAGUUUUGAUAACAAUUUCUAUAUCUUGGAUAAUAGAAUUAUUGAUUGCAAGAUAUCAACUAAACAUUGAAAGAAAUACUGAUGAUAAUGAUAAAUAAAUUGUAAUCUCACUGAGGUAGACAUUUACCUAUAUAUAUAUAUUCCUAAAAAGCUUUCGCUUGUACCCUGUUCAUCAUAGUUUCUAGGAAAGGUACAUUUCCCAAUAUAUUGUCUUAUUCA